AUGGUGGAGGAAGGCUUUGCUGCUUUGGACCCGGACAGCGUUGGGCAGAUGAUGUGGCACAUUGGGAAAGCAGUAGUCGCAGCCGCGGUCAUACUAAUCGUGAUGUUGGGCCUGGCGGUUAUCAAAGGUCGCAAGUCUGUACGACUCGGCAAAGCAGGCUCCAGUGUGUCCUUGCACGUGUGGGUGACCCUUCUGUUGCCCAACGCGGUGAUGCAUGCCUGUGGAGGUUUGCUGAUCGUCGCCGCGCCGCAGUACAUCGUGUCUGCUGGCAUUGGCGGCGCGAGCAGUGCUGGUCUG